UUGAUGUGCACGGUAAUGGGUAAUUUUAUGCCUUCUAUAGGGGCCACGGAGAACAAAGAAGUAUUUUCAAAUGUCAUUGCUCUGGGCAUUCUGGUGAUAACCCUGAUGGUAAACGUCUGCAUCCAAAUGGGAACUGGAGUGAUUUAUGUUUUCUGGAAAGAACAUGCUGUCCUGAUGUUCAUCAUGCUUGUUUUGUUACUGAUCUUGAGUUUCUCUGCUUUAACUGUUCCAACUACAAAGCAUUAUUUUGAAUUCAAGUACUGCAAAAUGUAUGAAAUAGCUGUGAGAGAAAGCUCCAACGAAGCGGGCAUACCUGUGUUUAAGAAACUCAGAGAAGACCUAAUGAAAUAUUGGACCAUGGCUUAUACCUGCUGCCCCCAGUUUGUGAAAGGGCGCUCCGUGACAUGCACUGCUGCUGGGGCACUCUGUCUCUUCAGUGCUGCAAUUUUAGUGGAAGCAUGGCUUCGAACUACCUUGAUGCUCUGGUCCUUCAAAUUUUGCAGCGGCGAGUCUGAUUACAAGUGGUCAGUCACUUUUAUUCUCAUUAAUCAGACUAUUGCAGUGGGACUGGGUACUAUUGGCCCAGCAUUUAGAUGGUUCAUUGCCAUACAUUUCAGAUGUCCAAGAAAGGGAAAAAAAAGCUUCAAAGAUGAGUUCAAAGUAGAGAAAUACUGGAUCCAGAGGUUGUGUAGAGUGGAGAGAAUUGGCAUAGUUCUGGUGUGUAAAGCAGUGAGGCUUGUUUCCAUCUUCUUCGUACACUGCUUGUUGAUAUUCUCUUGCUGGUUCAAGGAAUUGAUAAGGAAGCUUAAACUGAAUAACAGCAUUUCCAACAAUGAAUCUGGGUCAGUCGUUGCAGGCUUGCAGCCCAAUCUGAAACAGGAUAUCAGCCGUUUUGUUUUGUAUCUUGGAGGAGAGGAAGAUUUGGUUGACUUGAUGACAAAGAGCAAUUGUAAUCCUAUUGAUUGUUGGCUUCAUAUGGUAAGAAAUACUCAACCAAAAUAUCUCAUGCAACUGCUGGAGAAACAUAUGUCCUCACAAGGAUUCAAGGGACUAGAAACAUUUGAUAGUGACAAAGUUCCCUCCCUUGAUUAUAAAGAAGUUCCCAAUUGUUGGGCUCUUCCUGUGGCGACACUAACCACCAUUGCAGUUGCGCUCCCUCACAUUGAGAAGUGUUCGAUCAAACGUUUGACGCGGAGUGUAAAUGAAGGGCUCAGUUAUGUCAGGCUCAUAAUCCAGAACCUUGAUGACAAAGAACUGAUCAACAUCAGGAAGGCAGCAUACACAGUAUGGCUAGGAGUUGAUCUCUAUCACAAGUGACUAGGUGUGGAUAUCCGUAAAAUGGCUCUUCAGGCAAAAGGCCCCAAAGAAGUAGUUGAAGAACUUGCUGAUAUUGCAAAGAACAGGCUUAUGGAAUAUAACCAAAAAACUAUGGCUGGAGGUUUGAAGGAGACCCCUUCCAAGUUGCCCAUAAAGGUACUGGCUGCAAAUUCCAUGUACAGAAUAGCUCAAACCAUUCUGCUGGUUGACAAGUGGAUAAAUGAGCAGAUGAUUGUGAAAUUAUUUGAAGAGUUAUCAGUUGUGGUCUCUGAUAUACUGGUCGGCUGUCUUACCAACAUACCGCACGCUAUAAGCAUGGAGUGCAUUUCCAGCAUAAUCGAAGGGAGGGAAGGUAGGGCGCUCCGUGCCAUUUUUAUCCUGGGAUUAACUGAAAAGAUUCUGGAACUUCUGGACCAGAAGGCACUUCCCAGUUUGGAUACCAAUAAAAUGAUUUGUGUUGAUGACUCGCAUUUAUGA